ACAUCCCUCCCCCUCCCCCUGCUGGAGCCUCGCGGCCGCAGGGCCCGGGAGCCGCUGUUUGAGCAAAAAAAAGGAGGCCCCGGAGAGACUGGGUCCUGCAGCGUGAGGGUCCUGAGCGCAAAACUAAACCCCGGCUCCCCGUUGCAAAACCAGACAACGUGCAACCUCACCAUUGCAGAGGGCCAGGGCGGAUGCAUCGAGUGGAGGCCGAGGCCUGGGCCUGGGAGGCCUUGCCCAGAGUGAAGGUGGAGCAGAUCGAAAGGGAGUCACCGACUCAGACAGCCAGCCGGGAGGAGGCGAAGGAUGACAGCGCGGCGCCAGGCUCCCCACCCUCGCCUUUGCCGGGGGACGAGGGCCCCGCGUCACCCUCCGACCCGCCCUGGGCAGGUCCCGACCAGAAACCUGGGGCCCAGGAUCCAGAGGAACACCAAGACGCCGGCGACGAUGACACCCACCACUGCCCCCAGUGGCCACCGAGCUUCCCUACGGAACCGGAGCCGGAGGGCCAGCGGCAGUGCCAGGCCGGGGACCGCCUCUUCCGGUGCUCUGUCUGCCGCGGCUCCUUCCGCAGGGCAUCCGACUUCUUCGACCACCGGUGCCCGCCGGGGGAGGCCGGCCCCCGCUGCCAGUGCCCCCCAGGCAGCAGCCAGCCGUGCCCCCGGUGCCCCACCGCCCAGGAGAAGCCGUGCCAGUGCAGCGUGUGCAGCAAGGUCUUCCGCCGCCUCUCAUCCUUCCUGGUGCACCGCUGCGCCCCCCGGCCGACGGGCAAGGCCCACCGGUGCAAUGUCUGCGGUAAGGGGUUCGCCCAGUCUUCCAGGCUCGCCGAGCACCGGCGGACCCACACCGGCGAGCGGCCGUUCAGGUGUGACGUCUGUGGCAAAGUGUUCUCCCAGUCGUGCAAGCUCCUGGCCCACCAGUGCAUCCACACCGGUGAGAAGCCCUUCCGGUGCCAGGCGUGCGGCAGGUCCUACAACCGCUUGGACAACCUCCGGCGGCACCAGCGUUCGCACCUGGUGGAGCGCCCGCACGUCUGCCCAGUGUGCGGGAGGGCGUUCACCGACCCCGACCGCCUGCUGGCUCACCAGCGCACCCACUCCGCCGACAAGCCGUUCCGGUGCCCGGUGUGCGCGCGGGGUUAUGCCCGGUCGGCCAAGCUGGCCCUGCACCGGUGCCCGCGCGCGGCGUUAGCCAGCGGCGGAGGUGGGGGAGAGCGGCCGCACCGCUGCGGGGACUGCGGCAAGAGCUACAACCAGCCGGAGAACCUCAGGAGGCACCGGCGCUGCCACGGCCGGCCCCGCAAGGGGUUGCACUGCCCGCUGUGCCAGAAGUCGUUCAACCUGUUCUCCACCUUCCUGGCACACCAGGCUCUGCACACCGGCGAGAAACCCUUCCGGUGCGCCGUCUGCCACAAGGGGUUCGGCGCAUCGAGCUCCCUGCUUGCUCACCAGUCCAUCCACACUGGGCAAAAACCCUACCGGUGCCAGGCAUGCGGCAGCAGUUACAAUCGGCUCGAUAACCUCCGGCGGCAUCAGCGAUCCCACCAGAGUGGCCUCCAGCCGGCCCAGGACGGAGGGGGCAGGAGGCGGAGGAGGAGGAGGGCGACAAUCACCGUAGCGGCUAAGGCUUCCCAGGAGGAGCCGGCCACCCGACUCCAGCCUGCCUUCCAGUGCGACGUGUGCGGAGAGUCCUUUGCCGAGCCCGCGGCCCUCCAGGCGCACCGGGCGACCCACGAGGAGCCCUCCUACGGGUGCGACGUGUGCGGAGAGUCCUUUGCCGAGCCCGCGGCCCUCCGGGCGCACCGGGCGAGCCACGAGGAGCCUUCCUACGGGUGCGACGUGUGCGGAGAGUCCUUUGCCGAGCCCGCGGCCCUCCGGGCGCACCGGGCGAGCCACGAGGAGCCCUCCUACGGGUGCGACGUGUGCGGAGAGUCCUUUGCCGAGCCCGCGGCCCUCCGGGCGCACCAGGCGAGCCACGAGGAGCCCUCCUACGGGUGCGACAUGUGCGGAGAGUCCUUUGCCGAGCCAUCGGCCCUCAAGGCGCACCGCCUGGGCCACGAGGAAAGGCAGGGCGGUCACCGCUGCGAAGCCUGCGGGGAGACGUUCGCCGAGCCGGCCGAGCUGCUGGUGCACAGCUACGUGCAUACCGGGCAGCGACCUUUCGCCUGUGCCAUCUGCGGCCGCAGCUUCAGCAAGGCGGCCUCCCUGUGCGCCCACCAGGCUGUCCACACUGGCCAGAAAUCCUACCGCUGCGACGCGUGCCCCAAGAGCUAUAACCGGCUGGACAACUUGCGGCGCCACCAGAGGGUCCACCUGGGCGAGCGCCCCUUCCGCUGCACCCUGUGCGGCGAGGGCUUUAUCUCCUCAGCUCUCCUGCGCGCCCACCGAGCUGCCCAGCACCCCGGCUAUGCCCGACCCGCCUCCUCCUCCUCGCCUCAGCCACCUCCUCCUCCCGCUCCGGCGGCCGAGCGCCCCGUGUCCCCCGACCCGGUGAUCCAUGUGGCAACGCGCUUUGAGUGCAGGGUGUGCGGCGAGGGCUUCGCCGACUCACUGGGGCUGCGUGCACACCGCUCACUCCACCUCGAGCCAUCGUGCCAGUGCCCCGAGUGCGGGGAGAUCCUCGAAGACCCGCCCUCGCUCCAGGCUCACCGGGCCGCCCACCGGGGACGACCCUACCGGUGCCCCGAGUGCGACCAGGCGUUCAGCGACCCGUCCUCACUCCACGCUCACCGGUUCGUCCACGAAGACAGCUCCUACCAGUGCCCUGAGUGCGGGGAGAUCUUCAGCGACUCUUCUUCACUCCAAACGCAUCGAUCGAUCCACGAAGACACCUCCUACCAGUGUCCUGAGUGCAGGGAGAUAUUCGAUGACUCAUCCUCGCUCCAAACCCACCGCCUGACCCACAUAGACACCUCCUACCAAUGUCCCGAGUGCAGAGAGAUCUUCGAUGACUCUUCCUCGCUCCAAGCCCAUUGCCUUACCCACAUAGACACCUCCUACCAGUGUCCUGAGUGCAGAGAGAUCUUUGGUGACUCAUCCUCGCUCCAAACCCACCGCCUGACCCACAUAGACACUUCCUACCAAUGUCCUGAGUGCAGGGAGAUAUUCGAUGACUCACCCUCGCUCCAAACUCACCGCCUGACCCACAUAGACACCUCCUACCAGUGUCCUGAGUGCAGAGAGAUCUUCGAUGACUCUUCCUCGCUCCAAACUCACCGCCUGACCCAUGUUGACGUCUCCUACCAGUGUCCUGAGUGCAGGGAGAUAUUCGAU